AUGGGCAAUACGGGUAGCUCAAUCACCGACCUAAGUCUGUUCUCGAAAGGUGGUGUUUUUACACGUGAUCAAAUUGAUGAAUAUCAGGCAAAUAUCCUGCGUUUGUAUAAACGUUUCUAUGCGCUGAAUCCGCUGAAAGUGCCAACGAAUAUGCAAGGCAAUCGUCCAGCAAUUAUUACGCUAUGCUUUGAGGAAAUCGAGAAAAUGCCCGAAUUAAGGACGUUUGCUGGGAAAAUCAAUGUAAUUUUGGGCACAAUUCUCACAGAAGGUCAUUUUUUGCUCCAGGAAAAUCCAUUUCGACGACGUAUAUGUCAGGUGUUUUCGGAUGAUGGUGCUGGAAAUUUAACAUUUGAUGACUUCCUGGAUAUGUUUUCUCUUGGACACGAUGAUCUGAGUAAAAUGAUCCGUUGCCUGACCAGGGAUGAAUUGUCGGACGAGGAAGUUGAAUUUAUCAUUGAAAGGGUGAUCGAGGAAGCAGAUUUGGAUGGCGACGAGCAAAUAUCGUAUGCCGAAUUUGAACAUGUCGUCUCACGCUCCCCUGAUUUCAUUCGUACAUUCCAUAUUCGGAUAUAG